UUAUUGGCGCUAGUUUCACAUUGCAAAAAUAAACGCGUACAGUGAGGCAAUUUAUCCGAUUAAGUGACCAUGCCUGUUGGUAAGAAUUUCAGGAGAAGAAAAGCAGAGUCUUCUGACGAGGAAGAAGACGAAGAAACAACAGCCGAAGUCAGAUCCAAACUGGACGAGGCAAAGGAACUUCAAAAUUUACGGAAGAGACAAAGUGGAGUGAGCAUUGCAGCAUUACUGGUGGGAGAGAAGCUCCCUUUGGAGGCUGAGAUUGAGGACGACCCUUUUAAACUAAAGACUGGAGGUGUGGUCGACAUGAAGAAGGUGAAAGACAGAAACAGACAAAGGCCUGAGGAUGAUAACGACCUGAACCUCGGCACCUCCUUCUCCGCUGAGACAAACAGACGAGAUGAGGACGCAGACAUGAUGAAGUACAUAGAGACAGAGCUGAGGAAGAAGAAGGGCUUAGUGGAGGCAGAGGAACAGAAAGUGAAGGUGAAGAAUGCAGAAGACCUGUUAUAUGAGCUGCCUGAAAACAUCCGUGUCAACUCUGCCAAGAAGACUGAGGAGAUGCUGUCCAAUCAGAUGCUGAGUGGAAUCCCAGAGGUUGACUUGGGCAUUGAUGCAAAGAUUAAGAACAUCAUUAGCACAGAGGAGGCCAAAGCGAAACUGCUUGCUGAGCAGAGGAAUAAAAAGAAAGACAGUGGAACCUCUUUUGUUCCCACAAACAUUGCUGUCAACUAUGUGCAGCAUAACCGCUUCUACCAUGAGGACAUGAAUGCCCCCCAGAGACGACACAGAGAAGAGUCUAAGGUCAGGCCGCUUCGUGUAGGAGACACGGAGAAACCAGGUCCAGAGGUGUCACCGCCCAACUAUCGCAAGAGACCAAACAACGAGAAGGCGACAGAUGACUACCACUAUGAGAAGUUUAAGAAAAUGAACAGACGAUACUGAGGAUGCACUGAUCCACAGGAUCAAAUACAACACACUUCUUUCCUCCUCUGCCCUGUCUAUCAAACCAGUCUCCCCCUGUUUUUUGGUAAAUGUUCUUGUUAUUGUUUCCUUAGUGUCCAUGUCCAUGUUUUUAUUUUUAUUUUUUCUAUUUUGAGAGUCUUUUGUCAGCCCAGCCAUCCUGGGUUUUUACAGAAGGAAAUACAGGGAAAUAAAAUUGGAUUAUGGGAUCCCUGGGAUUAAAUGUAUAU